AUGCACAACUCAGUCACACACAAAGCGAGACAUCGACAUACCGUCAGGCAUGCACAGGCCGAUACGAAAAGAUUAUAGGCACACAGACAGACACACACAGGCACUUACAGUUAUACACACAUUCACACAAAGGUACACGGGUAUGUAUAAUAUCUAAUAACGGUAGCACUCACAAGUAUCCCAAAACGUGAUUAUUGUGUGACAAUUCAAACAUGAUAUAUGAAACAAGCAUUCAGUUUAACGUUUUGACCAUACUGGGUCAUUAUCAAGACGAUUUCCAACCCAAAACAUACAUAUUUACAAGAAAAAUAACAGAGUAAAAUAAGUGCACAUACCAACUGAAACAUUCAAACUCCUGUUAUUACCAUGUAUCUCCAAUAAAAAAAAAGCAUUAUAGGACCCGCCAUGUAAUGUGUGGAAACAGACAUACAACAGUUGGUAUGAUGGCCUACGUACCAAUGUAAAUCAGUGAUACCAAAGCUUGAACUAAGUGAAAGAUAUUAAUAAAUAUGCAAUUGUACAUGAAGUAUUCUAAAAAAAAAAAAGGUCAAAUAUAAUAAUGGUAAACACUAUCCAAAACUGUCAAUUAUUAUUUUAUUAUACGUUUUAGAAUAAGGGUGUUUGCCUUAUUCAGAUAAUAGUGAUUCUCCCUUUUAUGGUUAUCAUGUUUAUGUGCAUUUUUCUUCAUGUCUAGGAUAUUGCAUAUACAAUUUUAUACGAUUACGGUGGUUUCUAUUGUACGUAUUUAAUACUUGGUAAUCACAGACUCUCGCUGGUAUGUAGGUCGCCAUAGCAACCGUUGCAUUCACAUUCUUGUAUAUCAUGUGGUACAUCCUAUUCAGGUGUUUGCCUUUGAUGAUCAUUGUGUUUAUGUAAAUGUUUUUCUCCAUGUUUGGAAUAUUGCAUGUAUAAUUGCAUAUUUAUUUGAGAUCUUUCACUUGGUUCACACCUUGGUAUCACGGAUUUACAUUGGUACAUUAGUCGUCAUAGCAACUGCUAUAUGCACAUUUCCACACAUCACAUGGUGCGCCCUAUCACACGGGUUCUGGUUUCGUAUACGUCAGUUCUAGGUCCUGAUAUACAGUAGUCACGGGGUUUAAAUGCUUUUAUUGGGAAGGGUAAUUAUUAUGGUAUGUUUUUUUUUCUUAUAAAUAUGCACGUUUAUGGGUUGACAGUAGUCUUGAUAAUGACCCAUUUAAGUGAGAAUUGUCAAGAAUUCAAAGUGAAUUUCAAAUUAAAGCCAACAUAGACAAAUUUUAGGUUUUGCUGUCUUGAAGGUUAUUUUUUGCAAUGCAGCUAAUUUGGCUUUAAAAUUGAAAUUUAAUAUGAACAAUUCUUAAUUUAGUAAAUUACAAGAUACAAAAAAAUUGUACAUAGGACAAUGACCCCUCAGUGCCCUUUAAAGUAGGCACCUUGGGACGUCACACAGUUCUCCCAGCAUUUCUUCCACUGUUCAAAAUACUCUGCAAAACCUUUUGUUGGAAUCAACAUCAGCUGCCUCGUCGUAUUUACCUGAAAGUGAUGGAUUCACUCCCUCUGAUUACCUUCGGGCAUGUAUUUGGGACAUCUUGCCAUUCCCUGAUAGUCCAGUGUGGAGAACCUCUGCAUUUUUAAAAUUCAAUGCAUCUCAUGAGCCUCUCUUCUGGCACCGUUGCAGUUAGAUGUAUUUGAAUAUACUUCUAUGUGUGAGUAUAUUGCUAAUUUAAUAAGUAUUCAUUCAUUAGCAGUUUGUAUACAUGUGCAUAUUAGGUGGAUGUAAAUGAUUAAUUAGGUGUGCAUGUAUAUGUGUGCGGCAGAUAAGAUGUGUUCAAGAGGUAAAUUAUAAAUCCAUGUAUAUGUGGAUAAUUGGGAUUAUGUGAAAAUAUAGUAUUGCCAACACCACAGAUCAUGGAAGUCCGCCCACCCCCCAAAAGUGCCCGAGGUAAUUAACCCCUUAAGGACACAUGAUGGAAAUAUUCCGUCAUGAUUCCCUUUUAUUCCAGAAGUUGUGUCCUUAAGGAGUUAAAGAUCUAGAUACACAACAUACGAAUCCUCCUACAGGUCAACUUUCCCCCUUUCCCGAGCUUCAUGGCAAAAUUGGGACACAUGGAGAUCUGGUGCCUAAGGCUCUGUAUAACAAGGGUCUUGGUGAAUACAUAUAUAGCACAUUUCAUGAGCUCCAUUAUUUAAGGUAUUGUCCUAUGUAUACUAUGUUUGAUAAGUAUGGUAUGCAAGACGAUUCCUACUAUUUUUAUGCCGAUUUACCUGCCUAUACUUACAAUGUAUAACCCUAUUACGUUGUAUAACCCUACUACAUGUAUGAGACAUCUAGGUGAGCAACACAGCUCAGUUGAAGUUGACCUUACUAAAUAACUUUGUACCUGUAGUGGAGCCCUAGUCCUAGCAGGGACUCUCCUCCGCUGGUUACACAAAAAAAAAACACAUUCCCCGAUCUGAGUGACCAACGUAUCCAAGAAUCACUCAGAUCUGUUCGGUAGAACGAGAACGCCAUCCUGUGGAAGUUUUGACCGGCCAGACAUGAGGCGCAGGCCCAAAAUAGUUCCAGGGAAAUAUGUGUCUUGGCCGGUCUACGUGCGAAAACCAUGCAAGGGAAUCUCUCGCUUUCUGGGUACGAAUGCUCCCCCUGUUCGGUAGAUUAUAUCUCCCGAACGCCGUUCGUGUGAGUGAUCAGGAACAGGAAGGGCAGCGGUUGAAAGUUUACCAGUGUUCGCGCGAGUGCCUAGCCGAAAAUAUUUCCAGGCAUUUGAUGACCAAGUACCGCUGCCCUCGUUCGGGAGACAAGAUGGCCGCCAUUCUCUUAGGCACGUGUUUGGUUAUACGAAAUGGCGGCCACCAAGGAGAAGCACUCAUUAUUUCCCUUCCGGUUUCCCACUUAAAUUGUUGGUGUUAAUGUUCUAAUGGGACACAGGGGUGGUCCUUGUUCGGGAGACGAAUUGAUUCUGUUCGUAUGAAGUCUCCCGAGCGGCCAAAGAAGAACCACACGAAAUAACCAGGGAAAAAUACACUAAAUAACAGGGGGAAGAUACGGACAGACAAUAUAGGGGAUAAAAAGUAGCUUGCACGUGUCCAUUCUGCUACAUUACCAUUGUACCUAUUCAUAGAUACUGUACCUUUUUGAUCCAACUGUUAAUGUGGCUAAUUAUUGUACUAGAGUGAAUACUCCCCUCCCCGACACCCACCCUUUUUUCUUCCUUCUGUACCCUCUCCCAUGCUGUUUUAAAAAUAAAAACUUUUUAAAUGAGGAAAUAAAAAACAUUGCAUUGCUCAAUAUGGUUCCAGGUGAGAGAGAAGGGCAUUCAAUGCUUUUUGCGAUUUCACGGUUUUAACUGAAAUAAUUUAUAUGCACUAAUUUUAAAUCGCAUAUUUCUGUUGUGGAUUAUCUUCGGAAUCUGAUGGCGCUAUAUAAAUAAUAAUAAUAAUCAAUGCAAUAGUUGACUUUGUUGUCAUUAUUGAUCUACCCACAGUCAAAUUGGAGUGUAAAGGCUAGGGUUAGAGCAAUAUCAUAUAUCUUAUCAAUGUCAUCAAGCUCCAGAGUCCCCUCUCUCCAAGCCCUCCCUGUCUCCUUCUAUUUAGAAUAAGAACAUUUUUCAAAAUAGGUGUUUAAAUCCCAGCCUCCACUUCCUCCUCUUUGUGGUUCACGUGUGCAAAUGAGAAACAUUUAAAUUGGACCUCGCGAAGGAGGACAUCAAUAACACUAAAUGUACCAGUUUAGGAUUAAGGUUAUUGUUAUAGGGUUAUUGUUAGGAUAAAACCUAUUUAAUCAAUUAGAAUUAGGGUUAAGUUAAAGAUGAUAUUAUGCUAAAUUAUAACCUAAACCUCAAUUAAGGGGCAUUCUAAGUCUCCCGAGCGGCCAAAGAAGAACCACACGAAAUAACCAGGGAAAAAUACACUAAAUAACAGGGGGAAGAUACGGACAGACAAUAUAGGGGAUAAAAAGUAGCUUGCACGUGUCCAUUCUGCUACAUUACCAUUGUACCUAUUCAUAGAUACUGUACCUUUUUGAUCCAACUGUUAAUGUGGCUAAUUAUUGUACUAGAGUGAAUACUCCCCUCCCCGACACCCACCCUUUUUUCUUCCUUCUGUACCCUCUCCCAUGCUGUUUUAAAAAUAAAAGGGCUUGGAGAGAGGGGACUCUGGAGCUUGAUGACAUUGAUAAGAUAUAUGAUAUUGCUCUAACCCUAGCCUUUACACUCCAAUUUGACUGUGGGUAGAUCAAUAAUGACAACUAUUACAGCCUGUUCUCUGUCAAACCAUUUUAGAAUGGUUUAAUACAAGACAAGGAACCCCCUACACCUAUAGCCUUACCUUUACUCUGCGUAUAGUACUUAUAGUGCUGGUUGAGCUGUUAGCACUUCGGUUCUUUGUAAAACCAUUUUUGAGCAGUUUGACACAAAGCCAGCGGCUCCCAGACUCCCGCGACAUAUGAAAAUUACACUUCUGCAUUAGCGAUGUCCAUUUUCUAUUAAUUUGGAAGCUUUCGACUGGCUGAACUACACACUUGACAGUAGCCAAAUAGUAUCAGACUGUAGUGCUUUUGGUGCCAAGAGCGUAUAUUUUGGUGCUAUUAAUGUUUCUCUAUUUUCGAAGUUUCUAUUUUGUAUGUUACACAACGCAAUCUCCUGUUUGUAUUGUGUAUGUUACUACCUCAUGCAAUUCACAUAAUUAUACUGCCAAGAUUCUGAAAGGGGUCCCAUUUUUCUUUGCUCUGGGGUAUUUGGGCAAAUUUUAAUAAACAUCGCUUCCAACAUUUACAGUGAACACAGUGGGACAGUUUAAUGGUAGGUGUGUGAAUGGGGUGGGCCAGGGGUGAGGUGCUUUUCUGAGACAUUUUUUAGGUGACUAAUUAAUAAUUAAUGCAACUAAAAUGUAUUGUAGCCCAAGGCCAAAGUAUUUUAUUUACACAGACUGAUUCACAAACACAUUUGGACAACAACAACAACUGUCCAACUCUGGCCUGAACUGUCCCUUUAAUGCUGAAAUGCUCCUAGGAGCCUAAGGGACAGUUAGACUUCCAGACCACACUUCUGAUUGGACACAAGUUUUCCCGCCCAGUCAUUUGGUGGCCGUUGCGCCACGCCCAUUUCCCUACUUGCCCUCUUGCGAUUGGCUAAGGCAGGCGAAACGCGUUUCCUGCCGCAUUUGACAGGCGUCCUCUCCUUCGCCCCGCCCCCUUAUUGGCGAACGGUGUGAAAUACCGACCAGCCCUUGGCUUCGUGGAGCCGUUCCGAUUGGCUGGCUCCGGGGGGUGGGUGUGGUGACGUCGCUGGGGUCGUUGGCUGACUCCUCCUGCCUUUAGGCUGCUGCGUCACUCGGGCCGAGGUGCGGCCCGAGGAUAGAAGGAAGGAGGACGCUCCCCUGCCCGGACCCCCCCGGGAGAGGAGAAGAGGCAGACACCGCGCCACAGCCAGGGCAAGAAGAAGAGGAGGAGCCGGGGGUGGAAUCUGAGGGGAUCCCGGGGUGAGGGGAGCACCGUGAGAGAGGAACAGCAGAGGCCAAUUACCAUGAGAGGGAGACAGGCGCAGGAGAGGCCAUUGGCUUCCAAUAAAAUGACAAUAACGGCAAAUUAGCAUAGACCCCUCCAUGCCCUCCACCCACACAGCCUGCAACAAAGACUCUGCACUCACAGGGCAGGAAGGGGUUAAUCUGCUCAAUGGGGGGGACAUGGGGGGAGAGGGGGGGCUGUCUGGAUUAAUAUAGUAACUCCAUUGGCAAUACAUUGAAUAAAGGGAGAAAAAGGGGCAACUUCAGAUAACACUGGGGGUUGGGGGUAUUAUUUAUUUAUUUUUAACAAAUUCACUACAUUUAGAGUAAUUUUAAAAUUUCAGAUUUUUUUUAUUUUUUAAAUCUAAAAAUCUGAUUUAUGUCAAUUUAUGGUAUGAGGAAGCAGAUUGAUUAUAUAUUUAAUUUAUUGAAAAAAAUAUAUAUAUUUAGCGCAAGAGAAAUACACAGUAUUGGAGUAUGUCAUCUUGUUUUUUUUUGUUUUUUUUUUUAAAAGCAAAAUAAAAUUUAAAAAAAAAACAAGAGGCAGGACAAGAUGAAAUACUUUAUUUAAUACCGGACUUGACCUGUGAGUCUUUUGAGUAUAGUCUCCUCCAGCAGUGGCCAAUGUGAAUAUAGGAGCACGGUAGUUAGGUUUUUAUAUGCUGAGUUAUAGUGCAUGCUGGAGGUUGUUUUUAUCGCUCCUAAAAUUUAAAAGCAGGCUGGCCUGUUGGCUAGAACACCUAUGGCGCUCUUAUAUGUGCGUCCAAUGGUGUGAUUAUGGGAGUUGUGGCUACGUCUUGUCUAGCCAUUCUGACAAGAACAGGCUGAUAUCCUGAAAUAAACCAAGAGAAACGUUAUAGGCAUUGAUUGACCUACCCCGUAGGAGAGCGCCAUGAUGGAAAAGAGAUUAGCGUAAUAUUGGGUGAAGAAAAUAAUUUCAAUGUGCCAGGCCUCAACUGUUCCUCUCUCUGGUUUUGUAAUUAAAAUAUUCGUUUUAUGUAUUACGAGUUUCACUGUAUCAGUUUCAUCAGCUUCAUCUCAUUUUAUAGAAUGCGCCUUGCACGCACACCACGCAUUUGUAGAGUCUCAUACAGCCUGUUAUUUUUAUCAGACAUUGACACAUUAAUUCUGGUAACUGAUUAAAGGUGCAAUCCUAAUAUUGGUCUUUCUGUGCUUUAUAUAUAGAGCUGUGUGCUGUUGAAUUGUUUUUCUCUUUUCAGGUGGCGUUUUUCGAGUCACGGUAAAAUGAUGUAUUUCAAUUUGUGACUUGUAUGUGUUGGUGAAAUGUGCUAAAUGUGCAAAUAAACCUUUCUGAAUGUUUUGCGUGCUCUCAUUUCUCUUUUUUUAAAGGCGGGAUUGCACCUUUAAUAUAUCACAUGUUUAUUUUUUUUCACGUGAUUAUGCAUGCCACGUAUGUGACACUCAUGAUUAGAAUAUGUGGUCCUCCAAUCUUCAUUACAGCCAUCAAUGUAAAUCCGUUUCAUAGAAUGUCUGUAUCCUUUGUUAAAUCUAGCAUUGUUUCAACAGAUCAGUAGACUAGUUUUUAUCGUUAUGGAUUCUACAUAAAUAAGCAUCAAUUCUUUAUCAACUCAGUUCAUCCAGAUUGUUGAUUCUCAUUCUUCAUUUGUGAUGCACAUUGGAUUGCGUGAAGCAGAAAUUAGAAUGGAAAAAUUUGGGACAUAAGAUUCCUUCGGUCACAAAAUGACAAUGUGAUGUCUUACCAUUGAUAGUUACGCUAGCUUAAAUAAAAUUACAAUGUCCCAAACAUGCUUGAAUUUGUAAAAAUGUAACCGUAAUUUGACAUUAAGCACCAUAGUCUUUAUGGAAGAUAUAUAAUUUUUUUGUUAGUGGCUGAUUAGUGUUGAUAAUCAUGUUUACACAUGAUUAAUAGGUUCUAUGGCUCACUUGGCUGUAUGAUACAUCUUAUCAUACAGUCCUGGAACGUGUGGCUGUCAAGGGUUGGCGCGUUCAGUACUGCCAGUUCCAUCUGGAACGUGAGCUGCACAACUUCUUGCCUAGAGGGAUGUUUGGUUCUCGAGAUAAUGAUCAACAUUAUUACCCAAUUAACUCCUGUUUAAAGAUGCAGAGUUAAUUGGCUAAUGGUGUGUAUAUUGGGAAAAUGCCAAAAAUUACUGUAGGAUAGAGACUUGGGAGAAAGAUGUCUACUAUAAAUCGAGGUUGGUCGAACCCAGGUCUUCAGGCUAACCCUUGAUAUAUUGCUAUGCAAAGUUAAUUAAUAAAGUCAUAAAACAGCAGGAGGUUAAUUCCCUGCGAGAUGAGUUGGAGAUCUUCACUUUUCAUUGACGCGAUCCUUACACUGAAUGCUCAUUAUGCAAGUACUGUGUAAUGACAUUUUUUUUUUUUUUUUUACGGUAUUGAUUUAGGGAACUUAUUUCUUAAUUCAUCAACUAAUCCCUCAGUGCAGUCUUGCUUUUUGUAAAACAGACUUUUUGAAUUGGAGGUCUGACCAGCACAGGGGUGGGUUGCCAAAAACACAUUCUAAACUGCCAACAUCCUUCACUAAAGUGGAAAUUGUUGAGAAUGCAAAGUGGAUUUUCAUUUUAUGUCACACUAGUUAAACUUUAAAAGUUCUCCAAGUCAUCUUUUUUUUUUUCAUUUUGCCUAUUUUAGACAAAAUUGUGAAAUGCACAAUUUAUUACAAGUCUAACUGUCUGAUUAAAAAACCACAUGUGCGUUCAAACUGAAAAAAACAGCGAAACCUCCAUCUGGGCAUUUAUGAAAGUUAAAUGACUCCUACUUGUAGUGAAUUAAAAACAAAACCACAAAAUUGCAGAUUUGGAAGAAUUCUCCACCUCCGUUGUAGUCUCGGCUGUCUUAGCCUAGAUUUUGCUAUUUGGAUAUCAAAACGCUAUAACUGGCAUAUAAGCCAGUAAACGUUUGUAACCUUUUGUAUAUUCUACUGUAAAACGUCGGAUAUCUGAUGUGGGGAAUCCACUGAUGGGCUUAAGGUGGGUGUCUCUCACUAGGUGCAUUCUUGCGAACAGUGCAUAGUAAUGAGACCAUUUCUAGGCAUUGUAUCAGUCACAGAUUGCACUGAUUUUUGUUUAUGUGAAUUUUGGAUUUUCUUAUAUGCAAUAUUGCUAUUACUUAUAUUUAUUCCAUAUUGUAAGUUAAUCUUCACUGUGCGGCAGAGUAAUGCAUUAUGGGUUCUGCAGGCAUGCUCUCCGUUAUUCAGUACAAUAUGAAUUGUUGGGAUUCCAAAGUGAAUUUCCUGAAUUAUGAAAUUCACUUUGAGAUGCUUACAAUUCACAAUAUAGUGAAUAAAGCUGUCACAAGUUAUAGUACAGGGAAUUCCAUGUGCAACAAACCCAUAACUUGUAUGUGACUACUCGGUCACUUCCAUAAUGAAUUCAGACGGCCUAUCUAGAUGCAAUGUUCAGCUGCUAUGGACUUUCACACGAUUCCAAGUGUAAAAUAAUGUCAGAGGUGACUUUUGUUAACUAGGAAUCCUAUAAUUUCUAAUGUCUCUCUUUUGUCACAAUCUCCUGGAAACCACCACUCGCCCUCCUUUCUUUUUUGCAUACAGACAAUGUGUGAUGGAGGGACGGGAGCCCCCGACCCGACCAAACCGUACGACGCCCGCUAGUCCAAGGGUGACGCCUGCUCUGGUGAAAAGGCCACGGUUCCAGACUUUGGCUCGUUUCUGGGAAGGUCAGGAUGUCCUGGCACGAUGGACAGAUGGACUUCUCUAUCUGGGAAUAAUCAAGAAGGUGACCUGGUUUAUUCAACUUUAUCUUAUGGUCAAGGACAAGAUUGUUCACUAAAUUAUGAAUCGUCCGGAAUUUCACAUGAAUUUCGUGUUUUAGGCCAAAAUAACCCAAUUGGAAUUGUUCUUAAAAUUUUUAUCUGUUUUGACCUAAAAUUUGAAAUUUAGUUUAAAUUCUAGAAAAUUUUCUAAAAUCCUUGUGAGAUUUAGCUAGUAACUAUCAUUACCGUAUUUAUUGUGUCUCUCUCUCACUUUAUCUAGCGCUAAUGAAAUGUAUCAUUUAGUUGCAGUAAGAUUUGAAUGAGGCAUUGGGACAGAGAGGUGGGCAGGUUGGCAUUCUUCUGUUAUUGAAAUUGGAAUUAAAUAUACAUUAUGUUCAUAAUUAUUGAUAUACUCCCUUAAACCGAUCUUGCACUUCUCAGUGCCUGAAAGUUCCUUUUCCUGGGUAACAUACAAGAACAUAUAAUGUCCCAUUCAAAUGCACUUUAUUUCAAAAAUCAUGGUGCAGCUGUGAUUAAAGGGAUAAUCUAAACACUAUAAGCACUACAGUGUGAUGUAGUGCUCAUUGUGAAUAAAAUUCUGUUGUGGUAUUUCCUUAAAGGGACUCUCCAGUGCCAGGAAAACAUAUCCGUUUUCCUGGCACUGCCCUACCCCCCAUCCCAUGUUGCUGUAGGGGUUAAAACCCUUUCAGUGACUUACCUGAAUCCAGCACCGAUGUCCCUCGGUGCUGGGUCAGGCUCCGCCUCCACGGCUGACGUCGGCGGGGGAGACCUAAUCUGCAUGCGCGGCAAUAGACCUCCCCAUAGAAAAGGCAUUAUUCAGUGCUUUCCUAUGGGGAUUCCGGCAAUGCUGGAGGUCCUCGUGCAUAGCGUGAGAACGUCUAGCGUAGUUUAAAACACUAUAGGGUCCCUAGACGGCCACUAGAGGAGGACUUAACCCUGCAAGGUAAUUAUUGCAGUUGAUAAAAACUGCAAUAAUUACACUUGCAGGGUUAUGGGUGGUGGGAGUUGGCACCCAGACCACUCCAAUGGGCAGAAGUGGUCUGGGUGCCUGGAGUGUCCCUUUAAGAGUCAAACGGUUUCAAACCAUUUCCACUUACCUGGGUCCCCUGUGCAUCUCCAAUCUUGCCUCCUCUUCUGGUUUCAUUAUUGGAAAAGUUCCUAAUUCUGCUUUAGUGACAUUAAUUCUGUUGGAAACUAUUUGAUAUAUCUGCUACGAAGAAGGAUCUUCCAGUUUACCUACUUCAGAAGAGGAGGAUGAUCAGAGAUACUUGGACCCGAAAAUGGUUUGACUCUUACCCAGGGUAUGGCAGAAGGGUAUUCUUGAUACCAGAACCACUACAUCACACUGUGGUUAUAGUGCCUAGACUGAUUCUUAAAGCUAUUUACGAAGCUCACUGGGAGCCUUUGACUUAUCUUUACUAAGACCUUGUACCAUCCAUAAUAUUAAAGGAACACUAUAGUGUUAGGAAUAGAAACAUGUAUUCCUAACACUAUAGUGGUGGAAUAAAUAUUUAGGUCCCCAGCCCCUCUCUGUGGAGUUAAAAGGUGAUUUUACUGACCUUUUCUCAAAGUCUGCACUGGUCUUGCCACGGCUGGCCCCGCCUCCGUGACUGAGAUCAUCAAUCUUGAUAAUCUCAGCCUAUCAAAUGCUUUCCCAUAGGAAAGCAUUGGGAGGCUCUUGUGCAUACGCAGCAAAAUGUCAUGCUGCCCCAAUCAGCAUCUCCUUAUAGAGAAGCACUGAAGCAGGGUAUCUCUUUGGGAAGUGUUCAGCGUCUCCAUGCAGAGCAGGCAGAUGCUGAGUGUAGGACUGGAAAGCACCUCUAGUGGCCAUCUGAGUGACUGCACCUAGAGGUGUUCCAAGUCACCAAUGUAAACACUGCCUUUUCUCUGAAAAGUUAGUUUUACAGUGCUGAGCCUGCAGAGAAAGGCUAUAAACACCAGAACCGCUACAUUAAGCUAUAGUGGUUCUGGUGACUAUAGUUUCCUUUUAACCAGCAUGCAUCUGACCGUCUAUUCCUGUGUGGGUGCUUUUUUGUAGGUGUGAGCUACUCACUCAACCAGGAACUGUGGAGCAUUCACAAGAAAAUUAAUUUUAGGCCAAAAUAUCCAAGGUGGAAAAAUAUUAGGUACGAACCUUCUUAAAUGUCUACCUCCCUCCUAUGAUUUCUCUUACAGGUGGACAGUGCACAGGAGACGUGUCUUGUUCGCUUUGAAGAUAACUCUCAGUUCUCAGUCCUGUGGAAGGACAUAUUCCCCCGUAAGCAUUCAUUUCAUUGCAACAUGUGCCAUAUUUACACAUUGAGACAGUUUUCUAAGACGUAAAGAUCUGCAUUGUUUGAUUAAUGGGAGAUGGGUGCAGAUGUUUUGGGGACUUCAGGAUGGUGGCAGAUUGGCUGUUUUCUGUCCGGUUAUUUCACAUUUGCAGAGCUCUAGAGGAGAACGAUGCUUGACGUGCCUCCUUGGGCACUGAGACCGAGAACGUUGGGCCAAAAGUUUGAUUCCCAGCCUGGCCAACUCAGAGCGAUAAGUUUGGGAAUAGUGCCAGCAUUAUGGCUGUAAGAGCAUUAUGGGAGAUGUAGUUCACAACUUUUGGAGUGCUGAAGGUUGCCUACCCUGCACUAGGUGUCAUUUAAAGUAACAUUAUUUAGCUGCUUCAUCGGAUUAAAAUAGUAUGUGUCUGGUGUCCUCUGGCCCCUUCCUUCUAUUCAGUGUGAAACCGGUUUUAAUGCUAAAUGAGGGCCUAAUGGUUGCUGCUUGGGCUAAUGAUGGAGCUUUGGGCUGAACAGCAAUGGAUGUCUCUUAUUGUCUUAUUGUCUGAGCGUGUCAACUGAUUACUUUCAGCCUAUCACAGCGCCCAUUGCUGGUAUGAGUUGGUAUGGCUAGGAGGUAGUGUGUUUCUCCAGUAGGGGCUGGGGGGUGGGUGGCCAGAGACCUUUACUUAGCCUUAAACUGUUUGAAAGCGGUUUAAUGCGUAAUGGUGGGACAGUGCCAGGGGACUCCAAGCACUAUAAUCAAUGAGAUUAAUGUUUAUAGUGCCUACUGUGUCUCUUUUAAAAAUACCUUCCAGAUAGAAUUAAAGAAGAGUACCAGAUAUUUUUAAUUCCCCUGAUCCUAUUUCCCCACAGCUGCCGUGCCUGGAAAGGAGCAGUUGUGCUGUGUGUGCAACUCUCAGGCGUGUACCCCAGACAACAAACUUGUACACUGUGGGAAAUGUAAACACGGUAAGAUUGAUGUGAUAAUUGUCUGCAAUGCAACCUCUCAGUCCAUUGUAUUAUGACAAUAUGGCUGUCUGCUCCUACAGCAUACCACCAGGAAUGCCACGUUCCCAAUGUUCCAUGCGACACAGACUGUCCUGGCAGUUCGUGGAUGUGCAGACAGUGUGUCUUUGCUGUGGCCACCAAGGUACCAGCUCCUUCUUGUGUUCUUUUGCUUGACGUGCUCCUCACCGUUCCAUAUACACCAGGUGAUAUAACCAUCUCCUGUCUUUCUUGCUCUCUCAGAGAGGUGGCGCUCUAAAGAAAGGUCCUUAUGCACGAUCCAUGCUGCAUAUGAAGCUGUCUCUGCCCUAUCAGCUGAAAUCUUUAGAGUGGGACCCACUGCAUCUAACCAAUAAACAGCAGUGUUACUGCUACUGUGGGGGGCCUGGAGAGUAAGUAUGGCGUAAGUAACAAGUGGACAGGGGGAGGUUUUUUUAGGGGUCUGGGGUGUAGUUUGAGGGGGAGGGUCCAAGACAGUAAGUAUGGCGUAAGUAACAAGUGGACAGGGGAAGUUUUUUUUUGUUUUUUUUUAAGGGUCUGGGGGAUCCAGGACAGUAAGUAUGGCUUAAGUAAGCAGGGUGAGGAAUGGAUGUUGUGAAAGUGCUGGUCAGUGUGUGUAUAUGUUUGCUUUAUCAUACAUGUGUAUAUACACACGGAAAUCUUUCCCCACAGAUGGAACAUGAAGAUGUUACAAUGCUGUCGCUGUUUACAGUGGUUUCAUGAGGCUUGCACCCAGUGUCUGAGCAAACCUCUUCUCUACGGAGACAGGUGUGUAGAUCAUCGUGGGCAUCUGCGGACAAGUCCUUACUUUGUACAUAGCUGUGCAAUCUUUAUACUGCCUGUUUUAUUUAUUCUAAACUGUGAAUUGUGGUGAAUUGACACACCUUUAGAACAAACUAGUAGAGAUGGGGAGAAACAAAAAUUCUUUAUAUUGUACUCUGUCAUCUCGUGACAAGUCAUUAUUUAGUUAAUAAACCUAUUUGUGUGUAUUUGAUAAUGGGAUACAUCUUAACUGAUUGUCACAUGACCUGCAAGUGUUACUUUCCCUUCCUGGAAGCUGACUGGUUCUCAAAACCUAAAGGGAACCUAUAGUCCCAAAAAUAACAAUCGUCAUUUCUAUAGGUCCCCUUCUGUCCAUAACCCCCUAAGUAAAUACAGAUUACUUACCUUGUUUCCAGAGGCUGCAGACAUCUUUACGAUCUCCACCAUUCCAUUGCUUCUCAUAGAGAGGCAAUAGAAUUGAGGUAAGCCUGCACAGCUGCUAUCGGCAGCAUUUCAUUCCCAGACCAAAUUUUACUCAGUCUGGGGGAGGAAGUGCCUCUUGUGGCUGAAAGGAAGACCACCAUUAGAUAUGUAUUUAACCCUGCAAUGUAAGUAUGACAGGACCAUUGCUUUGAGACCAAUUCAUUGAGAACUAUAGUGUUCCUUUAAUUAUUAUUAUUUUAUUUAUAUAGCGCCGUCAGAUUCCGUAGCACUGUACAAUGGGCGCUGGCCUGUCAUGUUUUUAAUUUAGGUUAUUUUUUUAACUUUUUUUCGCUGGCUAUUACUACAGCUCUUCACAGUAUCGUAUUGUUUUGUUCUGUUCGUGAAGGAGAUGCCUUAUGCAAGCUAGCUUCCUCUUUCCAAAAUAUAUUCUCUGCUUGCGCACAGAGAAUGGUCGCGCAUAAUGAUGCAUAUAUUUGGUGAUUUUCUGGUUUUCUGUCUAGCCCAGAUUCAUUGCUAGACUUUGCAUCAUCAAAUUGCCAUGGUUCCCUUUAUAACAUUUGGGCAAAGCAGACAUUUCAGGGGGAAGUAUAUUAUUUUACUCUGUACAAUAAUGUGUUGUCACUUUUUUAAUAUAAUCUGACAUCUUUUCUUUCAUAUUUCUUUUUCCUCUUAUUUCUCGUUUCUCUCGACCCUGCCUCACUCACGUUCCACUUGCUCUCGUACUUUCUUUCUCCUGCCCCCCAAUUUUUUCCCUUUGUCCAUCUUCCACUUUACACAUUUUCUGUACAUUCAUGUUUUAACAGGUUUUAUAUUUUUGAGUGCUCUGUCUGUACCAGAGGUCCAGAGAACGCCUGGAGACUUCCCCUGGGAUGGUGAGUGUGUGUUUUCCAUUCAUAUUUUUGUAGAUGAAUUGUCACGGUCAUGCCUGCAAUUUGAGUGUGUCAUUGUCUUGGCAUAUUAUUCGCACCUCCUUGUCUUUCCUUCUUUGCACGGUUACCAUAAAACACUUUUUACCGUGCUCGGAGAAGGUCUGAUCACACAGCCGUCUCAGGUCACCCCCUCUCUUGGUUACAAGGAGGCUGCGUUACUCACAUUGUCACAUAUUUAUAGUUGAAUGCUGGUCAUGUUAAACUAUAAUUUUGUUCCAUACCCUGUGACGUCUUUGUUACAGGAUAUUAUAAAUUUGUGAUGGCUGAUUAAUGUCAAACUAACACCUUAUUCACCUUAACCUUUCUGUUAGGAUCUUAUUGUGUAAUAUGACUCCUUUCUAUCUCACUUAUAGGGUAGACGUUUCACACCUUGUCCUGUAUCAUCUAAGUAUUUGUUGUAAGAAGAAAUAUUUUGACUUUGAGCGGGAAAUUUUGUCCUUUGUAAACGAGAACUGGGAUAGUUUACUAGUAGGAGAGGUAAGUGCUGCUUUAGGAAGAACAUCGUUCUGAUGUGACAGUCACACUAUCAGCAACAUCAUACGUCACCGGUAAUAUUAUCUUACCAGAUUCCAUUCACAUUAUUUUUCUAGAAGAGGUGUAAGGUCUUUGUUAUCAAGUCAUGUUCUUGUCACUAUUACGCUUAUCGUUUACCCUUUAUUCGAUGCCUCUGAAUAUCGAUAGCAACAAUCUAGGUGUCUAGUGUCUUCAAAAUGGAGCUGUCAGCUGUAUUACAAGUAUACACUCGGAAUACCCUGUUACUGAAUACGAUAAAUAGCUUUCAUUAUCCUCUAGUUCUACAUAUGGCAUUGACUUGCACCUCUACUUAUUAAUUAUUUAAUUUAAUAUAAUAAGUGCAGAUUAUCACACUAAUCACCUUUCAUCACCCAGCAUCCAGUAUGGGUGGCUCUAUCCCCCCCCCACUCUGUUUGAUAGACACUGGGACAGAGGACAAUGGAAUGAAGGUUAAAAUCUUCAAUGUUGCCAUUGGAGUUUAAUUUACUAAAGUUGGUGUUCAGUGAAUAAUUAAACACCAAAUGUUUGAUAUGGAUAAACUUAUCGAUUAAUAUGUAAAAUGCACAACCAGGGAAUCACACCUAAUGAUUUGUAAUCUGGGUUAUUUCUGUGUGCAAGGAGGCACUUUGUAUAUUUCUAUGGAUACAUACACAGCUCAAUUCUUGCUGUAUGAUAAUUUGCCCUCUGCAGCUCACAGAUACUCCACGGUCCGAGCGAUACUCGCAUCUGCUGCACGCCCUCACUGGGCAGAAGGACAGGUAAGGAAUCAUCUAUCUCCAAUUGGCCUAAGUGUGUGACCUCAAAAUCUGUCCCGAGCCCCUCAUGUGCAUUAUUGUCCCAUGCUGGAGAAAGGACUAGUGGAUUUUUGUGCAGUCACUUUGCAAGUAUUUGGUUUAGUAUUUCCAGGCAGGUUAUUGACACAGUGUAUAUUGCAACUUUCCAUUUCAUCUAGUCAAAUACUAAAAACGCCAAUCAGUGUGCAGGUUACCAAGUCAUAAUAAAAACUGUAAAUAAAAUCUACUUACUUACUCAUGGGAAUAUUCGCCAAUCUCUGUUAAACUGCUGCUGUUCAUGUUUCUGUUGAGUUAAUAUGUGCCCGAAUUGAAGGAGAUUUUCCCCCAUUUUAAAUACCUUUUAUAGAAAGCUGCUGCAGUGGAUGGGGUACUGUGGUGUGAAUUAUAUGUUCUGUAUUAAAGGGUUACUCCAACCACUUCUGCUUUUUUAAAGUGGUCAUGGUGGUAGGAGUCUAGAUGUGCAGUGUUAUUUUGAAUUGUGUUCUGGGGGCAUGUUGCACCCCCAGCACAACAGACUUAGUCUCUCCAGAACUGUACUCUGGGCUGCCAAUGUCUGUUCUGUGUAUAUUUUGCGCCUGUCGUCAGCGCGCACUGCAUACUGGCAACAGACGUAACUGCGUGAGAGUUCUCUCCACUCCGUCACUCCCACCCUGAAUAAACCCCCCUGUUCUCCAAGUACCCUCCAUUUCAUUUUUUGAUAACCCAUGCUGACACUUCUCCUUUCCCUCCUUCCUUCCCAGUCCCCAUUCCCUUGCCGGUUCUGAGCUAGCACAUAAACCCUGAGCCGGUAAAAUGGUUUAAUAGAAGGCUUUUAUAUUAGAAGCCUAUUAGUGGACCUCUGGGUGGCCCCUGAGACAACAGACUUGGGAGUGCCAAGCAGCACCGGGUAGCUUCACUCGGCGCUGGCUUACGGUGAGUAAACUUUAGUUUAACCCCUUAAAGACACAUGACAUGUGUGACAUGUCAUAAUUCCCUUUUAUUCCAGAUGUUUGGUCCUUAAGGGGUUAAAACUAUUUUUUAUUUUUUUUUGCAUUUUUCUAUAGGGGGCUGGGGGGACAUAUAGAAUAAUGCCAGUAGGACAUUAUUUUAUUAUCUUUGAAAAAGGGUUAAGUCUAUAGAGAGCUCCUGGUUUUAUUAGUCUGUUUAUAGAGAACUGCUGAUUUUGCAAAGUUUAUAGUGACAUGGUGAGUUCAGUGCAUGUAUACGCUGAGUUUAUUUUUACAUCUGUGCUGGGAUCAAUAUAAUUAUGCAAGAAGCGGCUACUACUGAAUUAACGUAAGCUAUGGUAGGCAGUUAGUGUGAAGAUUUCACUUCCGUUCACUGAGAAUAACACAUUUGCUAAACUGUGUCUGCUAAGUUCAUCUUUGGUUAUUGAAUCUUGUGGUUUAAGCAGAGCUCUAAAUGAGAAGAUAUCCUUCCAGCGCCUUUCUGCCUAUACCAGCAGAAUUGGAUCCAUGUAUGGUUUAUAUAGCGUUUAAUUUGUGCCACACACAGGUUCAUCUCUGGGAAAGAGAUUAAGAAGAAAAAGUGCUUGUUUGGGCUUCAGAGCCGCGUCCCUCCUCCAGCCCCUCAGACAACAGAAUUGAGACUAGGAGAAACAGACGUGAGAAGCCCCGCCCCCUGCGUAAGGUGAGGGACUCUGACCUGCUUUUACGGUCACGUAUUUCGCUCUCCAUAUGAUCAGUUUGUCAGCCCCCGCUUUAUUUAAGUAUCACGCUGCAUUACGUAUUUCCCUUCCCCUCCCCAGCGAGCGGACAUAAAGAUCUCUUGCAGUUCCCUUUCAGGGAGAAUGGGGGCCCUGAAACGCCCCCCACACCGAAAGAGGACGCAGAGCAUAGAGCAGCGAACACAGAGAGAGAGGCGGAGUCUGCGCCAAGCACUUACCCAGGUAAUGGAUACCUAGGUUAACCAGGUAACCUAACCAAUGGAUUUGGUGUGACUACUAACUGGCUGAGCAACACAAGCAAAGUAUGGUGAUUCCACCAGAGAUUCAGAUUACUAUAUGUCAAACUCCUCUGAGUUCACCAGUAGUUAUAGUAAUUAGUAUUGAUUAUUACUGAAAUUAGUAUUAUUUUCAUCACAUAUUCCUUCCUCAAUCCAAGAUACAUUUUCAGUUUUAUAAUAUGUUUAAAUGUGUAUAAUUGUUUCAAUCUGAAAGGCAAUUGCUUUUAAGCGAUUUAUCCAAAUAGAUUUACUGGCAAUCGUAGAACUAAUAGAUUCUGAAUUCGGCUCAUUCACAAAUUAAAGGACCAAUAUAGUGCCAGGAAAACAUACUCGUUUUCCUGGCACUAUAGUGCCCUGAGGGUGCCCCCACCCUCAGGGACCCCCUCCCGCCAGGAUCUGGGGAGAGGAAAGGGUUAAAACCUUACCUUUCUCCAGUGCCGGGCGGGGAGCUAUCCGCCUCCGAUCCUCCUCUUCGGCUCAACGCGCAUGCGCGGCAGGAGCUGUGCGCGCAUUCAGCCAGUCUCAUAGGAAAGCAUUUUGUGGCGUCUUCUCACUGUGAUUUUCACAGUGAGAAGCACGCAAGCGCCUCUAGCGGCUGUCAAUGAGACAGCCACUAGAGGCUUUAGAGGCUGGAUUAACCCAUUUUAUAAACAUAGCAGUUUCUUUGAAACUGCUAUGUUUAUAAAUAAAAGGGUUAAUCCUAGAGGGACCUGGCACCCAGACCACUUCAUUAAGCUGAAGUGGUCUGGGUGCCUAGAGUGGUCCUUUAACCAAAUCGUUCAAACCCAAAAAUAUUUUUUACAAGGAUUUAUAUUUUGAUGAUUCGGUUUGUUUGGGAAUGAACCAAAUUUUGGGAAUCUACUGGUUGGAAGAUUACUAGGAACUUUUUUCGAAUUAAUCAAUUAAAACUAACGUUUGAAAGUAUCUACUUGCCGGCAAAAAUCAAUGGGUGGAGUAUGAUUUUACUUAAUUUGACAAUAUUGGUUUCUAAUGAUGAUAAACCCCUUGUAAGACCUGUACAUUUUGUCUGAGAUAGUCACGCACCAUAAAAAAUAUGGCCUGUUACAGGUGAUUGUUGUCUCUGAAAGUAAUGUGUGAGCAUCUGUUGCAGGAUGUGAUACAGAAUCCGUUUAGCCCCCACCAGGAGUAUCUGGGAUACCGUGGUAGCACUUACAACUUCCGACGCAUAGGAACACGCUGCCUGCAGAGGUGAGGAGAAAGUGUACUAAACCCCCAUGAUGAUUUUUGAAUAAAAUGUCACUUUACUGACCACUGGCAUUCUUAAAGGGACACUAUAGGCACCCAGGCCACUUUAUUCUGUGAUCUGGAUGCAGUGUCCCCUGAACUCUGCAACUGAAAACAUUGUAGUUUUAGAGAAACUGCAAUGUUUUCAUUGCAGUGUUUAGACUGCAUUUAGUGGCUGUCUACCAGACAGCUGCUAGAAGCACUUCCUGCUGUGUCACAGAGUUUAACUAGUGAAACUAUGGUCCGUGAAAGUCCAGCAUCUUCUAAAUCUCCAUAGGAACGCAUUAAUAAAGUGCUUUUCUAUAGGGAAGGCCUAAUGCAUGCGCAUUACGUUCCCCCUCGUGAUGAGUCGGAAGCCAGCACCUAGGGACCUCGGAGGUAGAAUAAGGUGAGAGUUUAAAGGGUUAUUUAACCCUUUGUGUGCUGGAGAGGGGAGGGUACAGGGACACUACAGUGUUAGGAAUACAGCAUUGUAUUCCUAAUGCUAUAGUUGUCCUUUAAGACUAUGAAAAUAUUCACACUAAGUGGAACUCACUUGGGUUUUUCAGCUCCUGAGUUCACUUGAAUAGCUACAAGAUUCAGCUAAACAUUGGUACAUGAGUUUCUGUAUGGUUACUGAGCAUCAUGGGAAAUGUAGUCCACAACAAGGGCUUUUAUUAUUUCUGUAAAUGGUAAUCUAGAAAGCUGAGUUAAAGAGGUUGAACAAUUUACUCCAAAAUCUGUGUCUGUGGUUCCACCUGAGCUGUCGCCACUUUGUUAUAAUCUGAAAAUACUACCGUGGAUUGAUUAAAUGAAUAAUUGUUUUAUCUUUAGUCCUCCCAUUAGGAUGUUUGCCUCCUUCCAUCCCUCUGCAAACACAUCAGGGUCUGUAGCUGCUUCUCUGCAGUCUGGGUAAGAGUGAAAAUUAUGCAUGACUUUUUAUAACAAGGCAGGGAGUUCUGAUUACCGUUAGAAGUAGACAUACGAGAUCAUGCUUUGUUGUCUUCCAGUACCGACCAGUAAUGUGAUGGCCUGUGGAUAGGCUGAUCAAGUAUAGUCCGUUGCCAGCUCCUAGCAUGAGUCUUUUUUUUUUCCCAAUUUUACAAAACAGUCAACAUAAACCCAUUUCUAUGUGAAAAUCCACAGUUUUUUCCACAGCUCUGCCCUGCCCUACACUACCUACACACCAGCGAGUGUUCCACCAUGUAGGUCAGGGGUGGGGAACCUUCGGCCCUGCAGAUGGUUUGGACUACAUCUUCCUUGAUGCUUUGCCAGCAUUAUGGCUGUAAGAGCAUUAUCGUAGAUGUAGUCCAAAACAUCUGAAGGGCCAAAGGUUCCCUAUCCCUGAUGUAGGUUGUUGCGAAACAAACUACUUGUCAAUCAUCUUUGUCUGGGGGAGGCUUCCAAACCUAGAACCUGGUAUUUUAUGUUCUGAUCAUGGUGAGCCCAGUGCAGCCGUCUCCCAUUUCUUUGAUUUCAAAUAAAAGCAUUGUACUAGAAGUGUUACCUUGUGGUUGUAUGGUUGGGACAGCAAAUUGGUAAAUUGCACAGAAUGGGAAGGACUGUAUAUUUUAUUAUGGAAAAAUAAAACUAGUUUCAUACAAUACAAGCCACACCAUUGCAACCUUUUUGGUGGGGGAACAUUCUCAGCAUUCCCAUAGAAAAUAACGGAUUUUAUUGUUUCUCUUUUACCAUACCCUCUCAGUGAGAUCUCAACGGAAGCCCCAGAAGCCCCUGUGCUCUCCGAGAUGUUCGAAGCGGCCCCAGGACCGUCCCCCACUACUCUUGGACGAACCCGGAUCGCCCCUCCCCCAUCUUCUUCCACUUCAGAGGGCUGCUUAUGGCCGGGAUCUGCAGAGGAGGACACGCGCAUACUGGCUCGAAGGGUUACAACGCAGGGGGCAGUUCAGUACCUGGUGGAGUGGGGCGGAGGAAACAUCUUCUGA